UCAGCGAACGAGAUGCACGGAAGCAGCAAACUGACUUUGACCUUGACUUUGGCCUUCGUGCUCGUCUUUCUUGGGUGCCCCACCACCCAAGCCCAACAGGGUGACCUCUUCCGGUGCAAUGUGCAGUACAAAUGUUCCGAUGAAAAAGAGUUGGUUUGGGCCAUGGGCGACGAACGUUGCCACGUGUUCCACAACAAGUGUCUGCUGAAAGUGGAACAGUGUUCCCGCAAAAGUAGUGGAAGAUCGGAGCUGGUCGAAACCACACGAGAAAUCUGCAAGCCAAGUUGCACAAAGAUUUGUCCGGAUGUCUACGAUCCGGUGUGUGCGCAGAUCUUCCAGGAGGAGUAUAUUACAUUUAGCAAUGAGUGCGAAAUGCGCAACUAUAUUUGCACCAACGAAAGGCCCUACUCCUAUUUUGCGGUCGGAGAAUGCGUUGAGCAACCAGCUGGCUGAUUCUAUUUAAAGCAUAUAUUUUGUUUUGUUUUAGACAGCCCAUUUAAGGAUUUGCAAUAAAUGCAGGUCGCUUUAUGACACAAACAGUCCAAAAUAUGAAUACAAAAUAAACACAAUGCGAACAAAUAACUAGUAUAAAAGCUAAAGGGAAUAAAUUAAUUUCAGUCAUUGCUUAUAUUAUUAUA